AUGGCUGACAUCAGUGACCGUCGACCAACUGAGGGAGGGAGUAAAGGAAGGAAGGAAGGCCGGGAGAGAAGAAAGGGUCACAAGAUCUCCGCUGGGGAUGCCGAGUUCCCGCGGGAGUGCCACACUCUGGGCCACGGCGGCACGCGUCAUUUCCCUGACAACAACAACGGGGGGCAGGCGCCCACCUCGGGGGACCGCCAACGCCACAACGACAUCGCUGCCAAGAGCCUGGAGGCCCUUACGAACCUUCACAAGGCUGACAUAGAGCACCAGCACGAAGCCUUCAUGGACCUCCAGAAGAACCAGAAGUACCCGGCCAACCCCUGUAUGUCCCAGGGCCAGGGCCAGGGCUCAUCUAACUGUGGCCGCCAACAGCAGCAACAGCCAAACUACUGGAGCUUCAAGGCCCGUACCCCCCGUGUGAUCCGUCCCAACCCCAACCAGCCGGCUCUAGCUGACCAGGCCAGCAGAGUAUCCUUUGCCUCGGCUGAGAGUCUGGAAACCAUGUCUGAGGCCGACGUUCCCCUCGGGUUCAACCGCAUGAACCGCCUCCGCCAGAGCCUGCCCCUGGCACGCUCAUCCAGCCAGGCCAAGCUCCGCGCGCCAGGCAUUCUCUUCCUCCAGCUGGGGGAGGAGACGAGGCGGGUGCACCUGACCCAUGAGCUGACCAGCCUGGAGACCCUGAGGGCCCUCAUCGUCCACAUGUUCCCCCAGAGGCUCACCAUGGCAAUGCUCAGGUGCCCCAGCACGGCCCUGCUGAUCAAGGAUGAGGCCCGUAACGUCUUCUAUGAGCUGGAGGACCCACGAGACGUCCAGGACCGCUGUGUCAUCAAGAUCUACUGCAAGGAGCCGGUCUACGGCACCUACCCCGGACACCACAACCCACACCUGGCUAACGGAGACCUCCGGAGGGAUAUGGUGUACAUGCCCCAGCAGGAUUCCCCAACCAACCGUCGCCUCAGCAACGCCCCCGCACCCGCCUCCUCUGCCUCUGCCCCCUCCGGCUCGCCAUCCCGCGUCCGUCUCCUCUACAGUGGGGGCCGCCCAUCCUCUUACGCUGGGCAACCUCACCCUCAGCAUCAUCCCCAAACCCACUCCCUCCCCCACCCCCACCACACCUCGCCAGGGGGUCAGAGUGCAGCCCACCACCAGCAUCACCCCCAGCAGCUCCACCACCAGCCCCAGCAACACCAGCCACAGCUACAGCACCAUGCCCAGGCAGGCUUCUCCCCCAGUGCAAUCCUGGAGCGUAGGGAUGUGAAGCCCGAUGAGGAGGUCCACGGCAUCGGCUCCAGGAGCAUGGUGCUCCGGCGGGGUGAUGCAGGGGGGAUCUAUGCCGACCCCUAUUCCCUGGGCCAGGAAGGAGGCCGCCUCAGCCUGGCCGGCCCCCACUCCCCUCUACCCCCAAGAGGGGACGCCUACGGCUCUCUCUACCGGCGUGGAGGAGGUGGAGGUGGAGGGGGCGGAGGAGGGUUGGGACCUGGCUCCGUGCGCUCCCUCACUUCCUACUCGGCGGCGGCUCUGCAGGGAGAGCUGAUGGACAGUGGCAUCCUCUACAGGCCUGGAGGCCCACUGUAUAAUGAUGCAGCCUACGCCGCGUCCAUGAGGGACUUGUAUUCGGGCACCAUGCCCGGCCGGGACUCCCCUGGGAGGCAGACUCUGCGGAGGGACUCGGUGUCCUCCUGCGUGUUUGGGGAGAGUCCCAAAGCUAGGGGUCAAGGGUCAGGGUUGGGGUCUGAUCAGCUGUGUUUAAUGGCUGGACCUGGAGGGGAGGGCAGUGGUUUCAGUUCAGCACCAGGUUUCAGUUCCCCUCUACCAGGCAACGAGACAGAGACCAGGGGGCGUAUGGAGGCCAUGGAGAAACAGAUAGCCAGUCUGACUGGUCUACUGCAGACUGUUCUGACCAGGGGACCAGAGGCCGACAGCCCGGACAAGAUUGAGACGGCCAGUGACUGCUCUGGGACAGACACUCUGACGCCGUCGGCGCCAUUGGCCCUGAUGCCGCCCCCACCCACAGGGUCCUCCCAGCCACUGACGGUGUCGCGGCUACAGAUGCAGAUCCACCUUCAUGGCCUGCAGCAGAACACCAGCGAGCUGCGCAAACAACUGUCCCAGCUGCGCAACAUCCAGUUGGAGAACCAGGACUCAGUGCAGUCCCUGCUGAGGCAGACUGAGUCAGAGCUGAGCCUUAUGAUGCUGGAUGCCAUGCGGACCCAGGAGGACCCUUUGCAGAGGCAGCGCCUCCUAGUGGAGGAGGAGAGACUCAAGUACCUCAACCAGGAAGAGCUGCUCAUCCAGCAGCUGCACGAUCUGGAGAAGUCAGUAGAAGAACUCCAGAGGAACUCAUCAGUCAACCACGGCCUGGUGACAGAGCAGGAAGUGGAGCAGAAGAGCAUGGAGCUAAGGUCUUUGGGAGAGACCCUCACAGAGCUCAAGAACCAGUUCCCCAGUCUGCAGAGUAAGAUGCGCGUGGUGUUGAGGGUGGAAGUGGAGGCUGUGAAGUUCCUGAAGGAGGAGCCACACAGACUGGACGCACUGUUGAAACGCUGUAACAACAUGACCGAUACACUGACCACACUACGCAGUGUAUUGUAUGCCACCUGUACGUACAGAAAAGUGACCGAGGGCCUGUGGAAGGGCCAGAAUGACAUCUCCAGCCAGUCAGCCAAGCGAACUGAGCACACAGGAAAGAGCUCGGACCUCGACAUACUGACCAGUCCACCGCUCAACCUCAAUGACCUGGAUGGCAGUGCCAGCCUUGCCAACUGGAUGCCCGUAUCAGGCAGUGACCCAGACGCUUCGGGUCCUGAGCAGGACCCCCACCCUAUGGCCAGCUACAGAAGCCGGGUCCUGGACGAGCUGCCAAGCCGCCGCGGUGCUGGCAAAUCAGUGUCUGCGGAGGUCAGACUGGCUGCAGAGCGGGAUUGGGAGGAGAAGCGGGCUAGUCUGACCCAGUUCAGUGCCCAGGACAUCAACCGUCUGCUGGAGGAGACCCAGGCUGAGCUGAUGAAGGCCAUCCCAGACCUGGACUUCGCUGCCAGGCAGAUCAAUAAGCCUGCUGUGCCCCCCAAACCCCACCCCAAACCUCAGUUCACCACCCCCAUCACUACCUCCACCACCACCUCCACCACCACUAGCACCACCACUAGUUCCAGUACUGAGCACCAGCCCAACAAGGUCCAGGUCACUGGCCAGAAGCUGGAGGGGGGCUCACGUCGCGGAUCUGCGGAGCUGACCGUUACCAGGUAUCGUGCUGAGAAACCCUCUAAGUCUCCGCCUCCACCCCCUCCUCGCCGCAGCUUCCCAUCAGCCCAUGGGCUCACCACCAAUCGCAAUGGAGAAGUGAUCGUCACCACCAAGAAGAAGCUGGAGCCAGACGACGGAGAGGCGCUGAAGACUCUGGUCAAGCUGAGAAGGACACCGUCUGAAACCCACCGCCCCGCCUCCACUCCCCCCGUCAUCGCCGCCUCAGCGAUUAAAGAUGAGGAUGACGAAGAGAGGAUAAUUGCUGAACUAGAGAUAUUUCAGCGAACCACUGUCAAAGUGUCCCCUCCCCACUCACUGCCCAGCACGCUACCGAGGCCCACCCCUGCAGCCCGUACCCUUCCUUGCACCUCAGGCUCCCUGGGAAUAAAGAAUGCGAGCAACUCACCAGGGGCAUCCAAGGGACCCCAGUCAACUGUAGCGGCUAGACUGAAGCACCUCCAGCAAGGCAGCCUGGAGAGGCCCAAGACCAGGAAGCAGAGAGAGGACUUCCCCAAGAUCCAGGGCCAGCAGCAGGUAUUCCACUUCUAGAAUGCCCCUCCUCAGAGGAGUAGCCCUCUUCAGAACAGCUCUGGUGGCCUAUGACAUUGACAACUGCCCCCUCUCACAGCUGUCUGGGCAACUACUAUACUGGGAUACAAUAUGUUAUCAGUGGACAAUAAGGUGACGAGAAAAGGGUUGGGCUCAUCGGAAAUCACCAAUGUUGGUUGUUACAUUAUUUGACUUUGAGCUGUGGUUGGAUCCAAAAUGGAUUGUGUACAGAGCGUACUCUUUCCCAUUGGCUGGCAUUGAUGUUUCUGAGGAGGGUAAGGUAGUGGAGGUAUUGUGCACUUAAUAAGCUAAGUGACACCUAAACUGCACUCCUUGAUUAUGCCACAAAAUAGUUUUACAUCUCAAUGUCGGACCACUGACUUUUAACCAAGUAGAUUAUGAUCCUACAGUACCACUGUUCUUUGACUCUGCUUCCUUUCCUCAAAUCACUAAAUCAUUCUGUCUCCAGCUGAGUCAUUUAAAACCACUGUCCAAAAGCGAGAGGGUCAGGAGAUGGAAAAGUAAUAAUUCUCAGAAUAUUUGCCCUUGUGCAGCACACCUCCAACGUUUCUCUGGAGCAAAUAAGACUGAAGUCCUCCUCCCUCCUCUCUGAAGCAGCAGUCUUACCUGGUUCAGCAGGCACUCCAACUUAGUAGGCUGAUCUGAGUGGCCCUGUCCCACCUUAGCCCAAACUGUCCCUCUCAAAGGACCUUCUGGCAGCUCUCAAAGUCAGGUAGAGAUAACACAGAAAGCCACUCCGUCCCAGCUAGGACCUGUCCUGAGCCAGUCAACCCAAUCCUUGCAUUACCCUAACGGGGAUAAUCCACACUCCAUUAGCCAACUAAAAUAGAGGCCACUUCAUUUGAACUCUAAGAAACAGGACCCAUGUGGUACUCUUUAGGCUUAGGGGGUCUAUUCACGGGUUAUUGGAGUUAAAAAGACUACCCUUUGGACUGAAAAACGCCCCCAAAAUAUUGCCAUGGUUCAACUUGCUUAGGAUGGCUGGAUUGAUGCACUUCUACAUGCAUCUUUGAUCAGAUCUUAAAGGUUUUUACCUUGUGUGGGGCAAAUUCAUCUCAUCCACCACCAAAGCUGUAACCACAUCCAUUUUGGUAAAGCACAAGGUUUGCGCCAAAACACAAACCAUACCUCACUCCUUGGGGUGAAGGGGAUAGGAGUCAGAAACCACUUGCAAUAUGUGUAAAAACACAAAAGUAUCAUACAAGUGCAGAAGAUGACUUCCCAGAUAGGUCAGUGCACUUCACAACAAUUCCCAUUAGCGAAUACAGUAGUUAGCACAUGGCUAAAAUGUCAACCUCUAUUUGACACUGGAGAAAUACACCCCAAGCAUUAGUAUUCAUGUCUAUUUCCAACCUGGUCUCAGAGCAUUUUGUAUUAUUCUGUACAUAAACCCAAGACACUCCAUUUAGUAUGAUAUG